GUCACUUCCGGCGCCGCGAAGUGUCGUCACCUUCCGGCGCCGGGCCCGGCGCGGCGGUGAGCGGCGGAGCUGCCGGGGGCCUCGAAACGGCCCCUGGAAACGGAACCGGCACCUACGGGAUCCGCGCCGGAGCCUCCCGAAAACCCAGCGCCGCCGCACUGGAACCGAGCCGUUUCCUGGCGAAACCGCCCCAAAACGGCGCCGGCGCUUCCUGAAACUGCCUGGGCGUCGCGGUGAGCCAGCGCCUUGGCCUGAAUCGCACCGUUUCCUCGCGAAACCGCCCCAAAACGGCGCCAGCGCUUUCCAGAACCACCCGGGUGUUGUGUAGAGCUUCUGCUGUGGCCCGAACUGAGCCGUUUCCUCGCAGAAUCGCCCCGAAACAGCGCCAGCGCUUCCCCAAACCGCCUGGGUGUCGCGUUGAGCCGCCGCCUGCUGCGGAGCCGCUGUCACCUGGGCCUGAAUUGCGCCGUUUCCUUGUGAAACUGCCCCAAAAGGGCGCCGGCGCUUCCUGAAACUGCCUGGGCGUCGCGGUGAGCCAGCGCCUUGGCCUGAAUCACGCCGUUUCCUCGUGAAACCGCCCCAAAAGGGCGCCGGCGCUUCCUGAAACUGCCGGGGGCGUCGCGGUGAGCCAGCGCCUUGGCCUGAAUCACGCCGUUUCCCUCGCGAAACCACCCCAAAACGGCGCUGGCGCUUCCUGAAACUGCCUGGGCGUCGCGGUGAGCCAGCGCCUUGGCCUGAAUCACGCCGUUUCCUCGUGAAACCGCCCCAAAAGGGCGCCGGCGCUUCCUGAAACUGCCGGGGCGUCGCGGUGAGCCAGCGCCUUGGCCUGAAUCACGCCGUUUCCUCGCGAAACCACCCCAAAACGGCGCUGGCGCUUCCUGAAACUGCCUGGGCGUCGUGGUGAGCCAGCGCCUCGGCCUGAAUCGAACCGUUUCCUGGCAAAAACUGCCCGGAAACGGUGCCGUCGCCUCCUGAGCUCCCCCCCCCCCCCGCACGCGCGCACACGCCCAGCCCGGCCGUCGCGUCGAAACCGGCCGUGCCCUCGGCGCCGGGAGCGGCAUGGCGGCGGCGGCGGACCCGCUGGAGACGCUGCGGGCGGAGGCGAGCUGCGCCGUGUGCCUCGAGUACCUGCGCGACCCGGUGCUCAUCGAGUGCGGCCACAACUUCUGCCGCGUCUGCAUCACCCGCUGGUGGGCCGGACCGGGACCGGGACCGGACCGGCGUCGCCGCUGCCCCGUGUGCCGCCGGCGCUGCCGCCGCCGCUCGCUGCGGCCCAACCGGCAGCUGGGCAGCGUGGCGGAGGCGGCGCGGCGCCUGCGCCCGCCCGAACGCCUGGGCCCCGCCGGCGGGCUCUGCAAGCAGCACGGCCAGGCGCUGGCUCGCUUCUGCCGCCACGAGCUGGCCGCCCUGUGCGCGGCCUGCGAGAGCUCCCCGGCGCACCGGGCCCACGCCGUGGUGCCCCUCGAGGCUGCCACCCGCGAGUAUAAGGAGGAGCUGCGGCGGCGCCUGGAGCCGCUGGAGCGGCAGCUGCAGGCGGUGGCCGGCUGCGAGGCCCGCGAGGAGCAGAAACCCGGCGAGCUGCAGAGGAAGGUGGCGAGGCGGCGCGAGAGCAUCGCCCGCGACUUCGAGGAGCUGCACCGGCUGCUGGAGGAGGAGGAGCGGCUGCUGCGCCGGCGCCUCGAGGAGGAAGAGCGCGAGAUCCUGCAGCGCCUCCGCGCCAACCUGGCCCGCCUGGGCGAGCGGCGCCGCGGCCUGGCCGCCCUGGCCGCCGAGCUGCACGACAAGUGCCGCCAGCCCGGCCCCGACCUGCUCCGGGACAUCCAGGACACCUUGGCCAGGUGCGAGGAGGCGGCGGAGCCGGCGGAGCCGGCGCCCGUCCCCAUCGAGCUGGAGAAGACGUUCGGCAGCUUCCCGCGGCAGUACUUCACCCUGCGCAAGCUGGCCCGGCGGCUCAUCGGCGACGUGACGCUCGACCCGGACACGGCUCACCCCAACCUCGUGCUGUCGGCGGACCGCAAGAGCGUGCGCUUCGUGGCGGCCCGGCCCCGCGAGCUGCCCGACACGCCGCGCCGCUUCACCCUCUACCCCUGCGUGCUCGCCGCCCAGGGCUUCACCUCGGGCCGCCACUACUGGGAGGUCGAGGUGGGCGACAAGACCCACUGGGCCCUCGGCGUCUGCAAGGACUCGGUGAGCCGCAAGGGCGAAGCGACGCCGCUGCCGGAGACGGGCUACUGGCGCGUGCGGCUCUGGAACGGCGACAAGUACGCGGCCACCACGAGCCCGUUCACGCCGCUGACGCUGCGGGUGAAGCCGAGGCGCGUGGGCGUCUUCGUGGACUACGAGGCCGGCAAGGUGGCUUUCUACAACGUCACCGACCGCUCGCACAUCUACACCUUCAGCGUCACCUUCACCGAGAAGAUCUGGCCCCUCUUCUACCCCGGCAUCCGCGCCGGCAGGAAGAACGCGGCGCCGCUCGUCAUCCGCUCGCCCACCGACUGGGAGUGAAACGGGACCGAGCGAGGCGGCCGCUCCGGGCUCGCCGCGGCUCCGGCUCGGUGACCGGCCGGCGGCUCGGCUCCCGGGAAGGGGGAUCCGGCUCGGCGAUCGUCUGGCUCCGGCCGGCAGCUCGGCUACCGGAGGGGGGAUCCAGCUCGGUGAGCGGCUGGCUCCGUCCGGUGUCUCAGCUCCCGGGAAGGGGGAUCUGGCUCGCCGCAGCUCUGGCUCUCCGUGAGCAGUCGGCUCCGUCCGGCGUCUCAGCUCCCGGAUGGGGGAUCCGGCUCGGCAACCGUCCAGCUCCGUCCAGUGUCUCAGCUCCCGGGAAGGGGGAUCCGGCUCGGCUCCAUCCAAUGUCUCGGCUCCCGGGAAGGGGGAUCCGGCUCGGCUCCGUCCGGCCUCUCGGCUCCCGGGAAGGGGGAUCCGGCUCGGCUCCGGCGUCUCGGCUCCCGGGAGGGGGAUCCGGCUCGGCUCCGGCGUCUCGGCUCCUGGGAAGGGGGAUCCGGCUCGGCUCCGUCCGGCGUCUCGGCUCCCGGGAAGGGGGAUCCGGCUCGGCUCCGUCCGGCCUCUCGGCUCCCGGGAAGGGGGAUCCGGCUCGGCUCCGGCGUCUCGGCUCCCGGGAAGGGGGAUCCGGCUCGGCUCUGUCCGGCCUCUCCGAUGAAUCCGGCUUUGGGGGCGCUGCCGGGCUCCGCCAUCGGGCUCCAGCUCGCCGGGAGCCGUCGGAGACUCCGU